UACACUAUAUUGCCAAAAGUAUUGGGACACCCCUCCAAAUCAAUAAAUUUAGGUGUUCCAAUCACCUCCAUGGCCCUAGGCAUGAUUGCUUCUACAAACAUUUGUGAAAGAAUGGGUCGCUCUCAGGAGCUCAGUGAAUUCAAGCGUGGUACCGUGAUAGGUUGCCACCUGUGCAAUAAGUCCAUCCGUGAAAUUUCCUUGAUACUAACUAUUCCACGGUCAACUGUUAGUGGUAUUAUAACAAAGUGGAAGCAGCUGGAAACAACAGCAACUCAGUCAUGAAGUAAAAUGACAGGGGGGGGCUGGUGCAUGCUGAAGUUCACAGUGCACAGAAGUCGCCAACUGUCUGUAGAGCCAGUAGCUAAAGACCUCCAAACUUUGUGUGGCCUUCAGAUUAGCACAACAGUGCAUAGAGAGCUUCAUGGAAUGGGUUUCCAUGACCGAGCAGCUUCAUCCAAGCCU